AUGGCCUUAUUUCAUAAUUUUUCUCUUAAUUUUUUCCCUCCGCUUGUCAGAUUUGCUGUAAGUGUUGGCUACUGGAAGGACCCUUACAUCCAGUAUUUUGUGAGGCAAGCCAAAGAAAGAAAAGCACCUGAAAUCAACAGAGGGUAUUAUGCUCGUGUUCAUGGAGUCAGUUAUCUGCUUAAGGCUUUUCUAAAGAAGACAGAAUGCAACUGUCAAAUUGUUAAUCUUGGUGCUGGCAUGGAUACUCUAUUCUGGAGAUUAAAGGAUGAAAAUCUUCUCCCUAGGAAAUAUUUUGAGGUGGAUUUUCCAAUGAUAGUUGCAAGAAAAAUACAUAAUAUCAAAUCAAAACCUCCCCUGUCAAAACCAAUUAUGGAAUCCCAUUCAGGGGAGUCUCUUCUAAUAGAUUCUCACAGCCUAGACUCCAGUCGAUAUUCCAUAAUAGGAGGAGAUCUCCGUUUCUCAUCAGAUCUGGAGGAAAAGCUAAAGAAACAUAACCUGGAUAUACAAUUGCCAACGCUUUUGAUAGCAGAAUGUGUGCUGGUUUACAUGACACCACAGCAAUCCGCAAAUCUUUUGAAGUGGGCAGCAAGCACUUUUCCAGUGGCAAUGUUUAUAAAUUAUGAGCAGGUGAAUAUGACAGAUCGAUUUGGACAGAUCAUGAUUGAGAACUUGCAGAGAAGACAGUGUAACCUGGCUGGAGUGGAAAUCUGCAGAUCUUUAGACUCUCAGAGGGAACGAUUGCUGGUAAAUGGCUGGGAAACUGCACAUGCCAUGGACAUGAUGAAAGUGUACAGCUUUUUGCCACAGGCUGAUGUCAAAAGAAUAGAAGGACUUGAAUUCCUAGAUGAAAAGGAACUCUUUGAACAACUAAUGCAGCACUACUGCCUCUGCUGGGCUUCAAAAGACAGCAGCAAUCUGGGUAAUGUUCUCCAAGAUCUAGAAGGUCUUGCAAGCAUCACAUUUUAAUAUAUUUCCUUGAGGGGAUCCUUGGGCCCAGAAGCCACAGCUACUGCCUUCUGCCAGAGACAAGAUCAAAGAAACGAUGGGACUUUGCAUGUGCCAACUUCAGUUUGCUCAUCUGUGUAAGCAGUGCCAGUGAAAGAAAAUGACCAGCGCUGCAGAUGCUGACUCUCGGCUUUUGGUAGUUUUAAUAAAUCUUUUUUGCCCAUUGUGAGCAGUUCUGAUGCAAGACUUGCCUCCCUUUUCUGGAUAUAUGUAAUGAUGGACUUUUAUAAGAUGUCAGUAAUUCCUGUUUGAAAAGCUCACCUUCCUUAGCUUAAAACAAAGUAAAGUGUUCUUCUAUUGUAUUUUCCUGUCUUGUCUUUUUAUAGAUGUGUAAAAUGCAUUUGUGACAGGAAAGUGGGAAAACAGUACUGAGCUGCAUUAUUGGAUAUCUCUUUGCACUGCACAGCCGAUCAUGAAGGUUAAUCUUCUUUCUCUUCAGGUUUCAUUUUUGUGAAGAGCCAAUCUAUUGGCUUUCUUCAGGCCUUUACUGUUGUGACAAGGCUGUUGCUAUAUUUGGCCCCUUCUUGUAGGGGAAGGGUGAAAGAGGAAAGGGGUCUAUGAUUCGUAGUGAUGUACAAGAAACUGGAUGAUGUUAAAGCAGACUUUAUUUAACUGGAAAGGGCUUAGUUUGCCAGUUCAGCAUUGGGUUUGUAAGGGUAAGAAAUAUUCACCUGCAUUGGCACUGCUUCUGGCAGUAUCUUCACACCAGUUUCCUAUUCUUUCCUCUUGAAAGAAACCCAGCGGUAACAAAAAGCCCUACCCUGUUGUUUGAAAUAAAUCUUGCAACCUUCGUAUAAGAAAAAUAAAUGUCUAGUAUUUAUAAUUUGCCUAAUGUCUUACUUGUCAGUAAUUACCUGGUCAUAUCUGAUCUAGUCACUUUACAGCAUUUGUAUCUCACCAAAUGCCUCAGCAAGAACAUUUUUUAAAGCAGUUGCAAGUAUAUGAAACCAUCACUGUUUGUGACUUUCCAUAAUGUAAAAAUGCCUGGCUUUGGAAAUAUUUAUACGCGGUUUUGGACUGGAGGACUAGGGAAGAAGGUUACUGAGAUUCCAGAAAAACUAAACGGUUCUUAGAAGUGACAGUCUUAAUUUCAGAGGUACAGAAAUAGUAAAAGGAAAUGGCCUUCACAUCACUGCUCAUCUUUCACAGUAACACGUCAGUUUUAGUUGCUGGUAGCUACAUGGUGCCCUGCUGCUAUGUUUCUGUCAAGCUAGUCUAUUCAAGAAGGCACAGAAAUGUGCUAUGUAGUUAAUGCUCUGCUUGUCUAUGAGAAGUGUUCAUUUAAACUCCCCUCCCCCAAAGAUGGAGGCUUUGUGCAACUGUGAAAGGAGCUUAUAACCUUUGCUUCCUAGAUAGCAAUCUCAAUGGUAUGCUUGUGCCUGCACCUUGUAUGUGUUCUGGCUUAACUGCGCGCCCCCUUCUAUUAGGGGGCAUAUGCAAGCUGUGGCUGUGUAAGUGUUGACCCUUUCUCUCUGCACAUGCUGGAGACCCGGACAGUGUCACUUAGUUGUCUUGUUUCCUCCCCUUACCAUUAAAGUUUCUUCUUGUGCACUGCAACUAUAACCAGAGGAUGUAGGGUUUGCCAUUGGGUGGUUUCCCGUUGCAGUUGCCUGCUGUCCAUGUUGGGGAAAGCAGACUUAUUGAUGAAGCUUUCUGUUUCUUGGGAAGCAGGGGGUUGUUAGCCUGCUGCAUUUAAUAGCCUGCAGCUUCUGCCUUCUGGUUUCACGCUCUUCUUACUUUCCUUUUUUUUUUUUCUGGUCCCACUGUGCAGUUGUUCUGUCAUAUCCUACCAUAAACCCAAGGAGCUAAAUUCAACAAGGAUCUAUGAAUCAGUCUUAAUAAUACCUUCUCAGAGUCCCUCAAGCUUACUGUCUAGUUAAAUGUAGCAUCUAUGCCAGAGACCUGGAAAAAGAAAAAAGCAGCAUGCCUACGUCCCCAUCUUGUACAGUUUCUCCUGAGUGGACCAGUGUAGCUGUGCCAAGAGUAGAUAUUCAGCAGACACAAAAAGGGGCUGCAUAAGAUACUGUAGUUGAUAUCACCUUUCUCUUACCCCUGAACUGGUGCCCUAUUCCUCAUUGACUUUAAAUCAAGAUGUGGGAGGUGGGGGAGAAACAAACCCUUACGAAAACUAAGUAGCAAGUAAUUACUGGUUGGUAUUGAUUAAUGUAAGGGCAUCCUGCCAGUUUUGCCUUUACUAGCUGUUGCUGGUAUUCUUUCCAGCAGCUGAGCAAUGUGCAGAAGUUGUGGAGCACAAGUUACAAAGCAGUCCAGAGAGCUGUCAAAGAGGAAUAGCAGCAAGCAUCUACCUUGCUGGUGUCUGCUGCUUUAGAAGGUCAGUGCAAGAAAUACACCUCUGAAGGUGUGCAAGUGAAUAUUGGAACCUUAGAUGUAAGUAGGGCAACUCACUAACUGCCGAAAGACAAGAGUAUCUCAGGGUCACAAGGGCAGGAUUAUACUGAUAAAACUUCAUUUGAAAGUCAGUGCAAAAUCAUAUCCACAGUAACUAUCCAGAGCAUAGCAAUCGUGGAAAGAUUCUUUAUGGAAACGUGUCUUUGUCCUCCCUUUGUAUCCUGUUUUUGUUCAGGAGGCAGGGUCGGACAACUGACAGGGCUAGCCAAUUUUAAUGUGCUUUUGACAAAAUAGCAGGAAGAGUCUCUUUCUAGCCUGAGAUAUGGGCUUUAGAAAAAGUAAGAGAACCCAAGAAUCUCAGUCGAUUCUGCUAUUUUGCAGCAAUUUUUUUCCUCUUUUGCUCUUAAUCACUAUUGGUUGGGACAGCAGUUUUAUUAUGAAUGUACAGUCCGUGAAACCAACCUACAUUUUCUUUGAAAUAUGGAUCUGAUUCUACUGAUAAGAACCAAAAUCUAGUAAAAGUUUACUUGUCAGUUCUGCUAACGUGGUUUAGUGCUGCUGUGGAGCUUGGCUUAUUUCUAUGUAAAGCUUAGUUACUCUGGAAAUGUACUCAGUUUUACUCAUUUGCUAGUCCAGGCCUUGAGCUGUCCAAAAUUGUAUGGCUUUUAUAACAGAGUCUCUUCACUGACAAUUGGUUUGGACUGUCAGACUUGUUUUUCUUUUGUUCUACACUUGAAGUCUACUCUUCAGAAAUGAAAGCCUCUGGCUUUCUGAAAGAACUGUUAAUGACAGGUGUAUAUUUAAGUUGGGAUUUUGAGGUGCUUGUCUUCAUGCCCCUUCAUCUCCAGCCCUUUUCCUUUACCCGAGAGAUAUUUUCCCGAGUCUGAAAUCCUGGUAAAUUUUUUAUUUGGAUGCUGCCAUCUUCAAACUUUUUGAUGUCGUUAGUAUCACAUCUUGGAUUGUGUUUCAGACAAUGAGGUUGCUUUUCUUCCUUUUAGUGAGCUUAUAGCAUGUGAGACCUUCCCACCUACAGAUACCUUGACUCACGUGAGAACUAUGCGACUAUAGGGUGUGUGUUGUCUCGCAGGGUCGUUUGUGAGGUUUAAGAUGUGACGUUAUGAAGGCGUUGGGCACUUUAUUGCUUUGCUUCCAUUUUUAAGAAACAGAGCGCUCCUGAAAUGCACAACAGUGAAUGCUUUACUUCCUCCUUCAGAGCGGGCUGAAGCACUUGGGGAACGUGGUUGAAAUGGGAUCUGUUGUUCUGCCAAUUGAUGCUGUAUUUCAGAUUCUCCUCGCUUCAGGUGAACUGAGAUAAUGGAAUUUGGAUUGUUGUUGUUGGAACAAAGUGUGCUGGCUUUGCUGUGCUGUGGCUUUUCCGCACUUCGGGAGGAGAAUUCUCCUCUCUUCCAACCUUGUCAGGCACCUAACUGUUCUUGACUAUUUGAGGUUCUCAGAAUUUUCAUUCUAACGUAUAUAAGAGCUAGUCGGAACUUUCUUGUGUGUUCAAAUAGAUGCAAUUAUCUUCCUUGCAAUUUAUGGAAUAAAAACUUAUUAAUGGAUGACUAACCUUACAGAAUUUGAGACUCCUCUAUGCAGUUCUGACGAGAUAUCUGAUUCUGCCUGUAGUACUCUUUGAUACCCUGUCCACAAACGGCUCUGAUCUGACCUGCUGGCUGGCAUUACCUGUAUUGGGUGUUGUACCAGCACUCAGAGAUGGUGUCUAUCCUGAAAAACCUCAUGAUUUGAAUUAAGGUGCAAAAAGCAUCUGGAGUAGCUGUGUCAAAGGCAUUUGAAUAUGAAGAUGUGAGAAACAAGACAAAAUGUGCUCAUAGCUAAGUUGGGCAGGUUGCAUGACUGUUAGUAUCUCCAUUAGUAAGAAUCGGGGAUUAAAACAAAAUCAAAAACGCUAUAACACCCUCUGCACUACAGCAGUUGUCUUGGGCAACGACUAAUGCUAGCUCUGUGGCAACAAAAGUAUCCUCCUGAUUUCAUUUUAUUAAAAAUGAGCAAUUGCAUAGUAGCAUAUAAGACCCAUCUAUACCAUAAAUCUAAUAUUAGCAGGAGCCCUUUUGACAGCAUGCUCCUGGAACACAGUUUCUUGGAACACAUCUUUGCCCCGGUGUUAUGAAGGGGAACCAGACUGAAGUCUUACCUGCUCUGGAACAAAUGUGUUCCCUUUGAGCUAAUUGGACAUCCAAAACAGAACCACCAAACUUGCAUUUUUGAUACAAACAGGCUUUGGAUGUAGUUCACUAUAGGAGAAGGUUCGGUGCUCUAUCAGUCGCAGUCUUGUCCACUUAUUUGUGGCGAUUUGAUUCGUUCUGCAUUUGGAAAUGUGUCUGCUGGUAUGAGGGAGAUACUGGUGGCGUUUCUGCUAAUCCGUUUCUUUAAGUCCUUGUAUAACUUGUUCACCUGAGCGAAGCACUGAAGAAUGCAGUAUAGGAGGAAUACUGUUAUAGCGGGAUGAAAGGCACAAUAGGUGCCUCGCUCCAUCUUUGCCUAGGUGAAUCUGACUGUCUCACAGCUGCUCAGCAGCUAGCUAGAAGAAGGGAAACAAUUCCUGUAAGAACUCUUUGAGAGUUUCUUUUAGCUUGGUCGCUAGCUGUGGUGAAGAAAGUAGGUCACAUUGUGCUUCAGGGUUACAAAAGGAUCAAAAGAAUUUGUGAUUUGUAGGAAACUUGGAGAAAAUGCGUGGGGGUGGUCUAUCUCUCAUGAUUAUACUAACUAAAAUAAAUAAAUCUUUCACCUCUCUUCAGGGAGCAUAUGGUUUUGGAGAGUGCCUGGUGCAGCUGAAACAAUGCUACUUUGCUGGAAAACGAGACAGAAAUGUUUUUGAAGAAAGAGUUGGCCUUUGCUUUCUGUUUCUUCUUGCUGUGGUUUGCAUCACUGUUUGCCAGUAAUGUCUCCCUUGAACUGCCCGGUGAUCUCUUCUCCAUUUUCUGCUCAUGAUCCAGCCUUUUGCUCACGUUAUUGGUCUUGACAGUACAGCAAAAUUCACACCUGCAAAUGAUUUGUUUAAACAAAAAGAAUAAGUUAAGCUUGAGCGAACUGCAAGGUAAGAGCCAACUGCAUUUCCCAACCAACCAACUACAGCCCAGGAGCUCCAUGUGUUCCCUUUAGUCUCCGGCCCAGCUUGCAGCUUCUGGUGUUUGUUGAAGGAUUUUUGUGACUGCCUGGUCUGGCACUGCCUGCAUGAGCCACCAACUGGUGGUCUUUGGAGUCAAUGCCAGUGGCAGUUUGUGCUGACAGAAGAGGCUGUGAGCCAGUCUUAGUUGAUACCUGCCCCUAGAUAAGGGCACUUCUGUUGUCUUUGUCACUGGGAUAUCUCAUAUCAGCCCUGAGUUUAGCUCUGGUCUCCACGUCAUAGCCACAGCUUUGUCAUUUUGUUGAAGAUCGCUUGAGAGUACUUUAAGCAGUUACCUCUUUUCUACCGGAUGUAGUUUUUAUGUCUGUAAAUGAGGUAACCAUAGGAGAUGUGAUGAAAACAAUAGGAAGGAUUCUUAUGCAGAUCUCCUACGGUAAGGAGCAUGUAGCUAUGUUGCUAACUGGUUGUGAAGCACCUGAAAAGUCACAUCUCUUCUCUGUCCUUGUGUUUAGAUUGCAGGCUGCGCAGGGCCGUCCCUCCUGCCUGCAGUGCAUUCGGAAGGCUUGGCCACGUGCAGCCUCCAGGCAGGACCCCAGUAAGGCAAACCAUGGCCCUGCAUAAGGAUUUAAAAGAAGAAUGACCUAUUGACUGCAGGAGCACAAUUCUGUCAGCUGUGGGGUUUGGGCUGGUGUGUGCAUGUGUAUGAAUGGCCUGUUUAACAAGCUCUAGGAGGAAAAAUGAAUAGUGGAGGGGGGCGGCAGAAAGAAUUAUGUCUAGUUGUGCUUACUGUUUUUGAAGCAAGCCGCUAUUAAUCCUGUUUGCUUCUCUGCGUUUGUGAUUCUGAAGCAUUUACAGGAUGAGGAUUCUGAGUCCAGUUGCCAUGGCAAACUGCAGGAGUGAGAGCAUGUGGCCCUUGCCUGCCUUUAAGAUGCCUGACAGGUACAAGAAAAUCCUCAGGCUGAGUCCUGGAUGCUGAUCCUAGCUCUGUCCACCAGAAUGGACCCAAAAUUUGACCGCGCUUUAGGAG